AUGGGCGGCAUUGACCAGAUCCUCACUCACUGCCUACUGGAAUCUCAAGGCGAGGAGAUGCCGGCGUAUUUUGGCAACUCAGCACGCGAUGCCCAAACGGUAACCUGGUACCUCUUUUCCAUGUCAAGACCCGAACUGGAGAGAUCGGUUCAAGCAAAUAAGAGCUUCAUCUCGGCGAAUGAAAAGCUCCGAUACGUCGCCCAGUACAGCAUCCUCGCUGAGCUCCGUCGUCGCUGGGACGAGGGACAACGGGGCGUUGACGAGGUUUUGGAGCGACUGGGACACCUUGGGGAGCAAAUGGAGCUUGUCCAGACCGAGCAUCUGCAGCUGGGGAACUACCGGGCGUAUAGUUUACGACUGCUUGAGGGUCUGUGUCGGAUGACGGAUGUCACUACGUAG